AUCGGCACAAAUUGCCUCCCAUACGUGUACACGUCUUCCGAAAACACGAAGAAAACAAGAGCGUUUAGAAUUUGGCCCAUGAAUUUGUCAUCGUCAGCGUGAUUAUUGUUAAUGAAAAGAAGCUGUAAAUAUGAGGAGAGUCUGAUAUGUAAUUUGUGAUACUGAAACAUCAUCCUUAAUGUAUUUUCCAGCUUACUGGAUACCUGCACUUCUUAAUCAGCUCCACACCAUUCACCACUGAAGACUUCAAUCUCCUUUGAUCCACCACCACACAGUUGAGACAGUUAAACACAUGAAUUACAAAAAUGGAGGAUAUUUGAUUUAAAUGAAUGGAGCAGAAAUUUUUUACAAGUACAGUAACACACUAAUAAGCUGUGUUCUGUUUAAAGCAGAGAACUUUUAACAGAUAAAAAUAUACAGUCUUUAGAAACAGUUAAGGAACCUUGGACAAUCAAGAUGGCAUCUUUUAGAAGUUACGUCUGGGAUCCUAUUCUAAUAAUAGCACAGAUGUUGAGUAUGCAGACUAUUUUCUAUGUUUCUUUAGGAUUCUGGCUAAUCAUUGUCGAUAAGAUCUCCAACACUAAUAAAUCAUUAGACCAAAUGUUUAACCAUUCAUCAUUGGACAUCAGUUCCGGUAGUGGUAAAAUAAUAUUAGUAGCUUUUAUGCUGAAUUCAUUAACAGGGGCUAUAAGCUUAUGGUUAAUUAUACGCCGUUCAAAACAGUGUUGGGAUUUUGCAAUAACCGUUCACAUUAUACAUCUACUUAGCUGUUGGAUCUACAACGUACGCUUUCCAUCGACAAUGACGUGGUGGCUGACCAACAUUGUAUGCGCGUCAUUGAUGACGGUCCUUGGCGAGUAUCUCUGCAUGCGAAGCGAAAUGAAGGCAAUCCCAGUAGCAGGGGGAAGGGCAGACUUAUGACAAAAGAAGUACUAAUAUUCAGUUAGUCUUUUAUUAAGACGAUAACAAAAAUUACUUUAUUUUAUAGCAAGAUAUAUUUUAUCCAAAUAUGUAACAAUUUCCAAUUUAUAGUAUCUUAAUAAGUUACGAGUGUAUUUUCUUUAUCAUAAAUGACCAACAGAGCGUUGCAGCACUUUUGAAGCAUUUUGUGUGGCUUUAAAAGAGGCACUUCUUACAAAGUAUUAGUGUUACAUGUUGUACAUUGGCAUAUUUAACUUGUUGCAACAUUAUUUAGUCAAUAAAUUACUAGUGUCAAAUGAUACAUAAAAUCAAGGCACUUUGAAUAUUAUCCACUGGACCACUUAUUGGGGACUCCUAUGGAAAUAAUUUGUCUUUUUUCGCAAUUUUAGGGUUAUCCCCCGAUAUGCUCUUUUGUGAUAUGAUCUGUUUAUGUGUAUUUGUUUCUUUUGUGUUUUUUUAAAGAGCAUAUUAAAUAAAUUAAAUCAAAUUGAAAAUUGAAGACCAGUGUUUAAUUGAGAGGCACUUGUUCGAUAAUUUACAAAGUUCAAACAAUCUUUAUAGAGGAUGACAGAGCUGUAGUUAAGGGAUCUUCUUACAAUACAUUAAAAAACAAUACAUUUUGUUUUUAGAUUAAAAUAUCCUUACUGUACAUUUUUGGAAUGUAAUUAUGUUUUGUGUAGUUCAAUUGAUUUAUUACAUGAACAGUUGUGUUCCUAGAAAGAGAUAAUGUUUUAAUUGAUAUCAAUAAUUUUUAUGAUACAGUAAAUAAAAUUUAGAAUUUGAAAAUUUAUGGGUUUUUUUUAUAUGUAAAUAAAUAUAGUGCAUGUAAUUUAUUUAUUUUAUUGUCAUCCAACAGCAGAUUAUUUUCAAUGAAUCUGUUCACCACUAACAAUGUCGGAAGCAGUUUGGCGCAGUGGGGAUGGUUUUGUUUCCCGACCUCCAGGUCGGGUUUCAAUUCCUCGCUGUGCAUUUCACUUGUCCUUGGGCAAGGCACUAAUAUCUGCAUUGCUUCUCUCCACCCAGGAUUAUAAAUGGGUACCUGGUGGAGUUGCCUGCUCCUGCGCUGAUUACCAACAGCAACACCUAAAGCAUGUGGACCCACUGACCAGGGAAAAGGAACGCACUUUAUAGCCUCAAGGAAUAGGCACAUUAUAAAUGCCUAUACCAGUAUCCUAAUCAUGGGCAGGUGUAGUGUGCUCUGGGUAUUGGUCUGAGGCUUAGCAAGUGUAGCUUUUAGCCAUAUUAAAAAAACCAUGGGAUUUCAGAAGUGUACUCUAGGAUCCUGGGGGGCUUGUAGGAAAGCUCUAUUACAAGUGAUACACAUGAAGGUAGCAGGAUGUUAUUUUUGGGGUGUGGCUAGGGGGUUCCCAGAGGCUGAAUGCGAGCAUGGUUCCAGUGUUAAAGGUCCUAGAAAGACGAGUAAUUUAAACAGCUCUGUUUUUUAUAUACCUGUAUCAGAGUUGGUAAAUAAAAUGUGGCUAUUCAGUAGUUACUGUAAAAUGCCAUCUAAUGACCAUAUUUUCUAGAAUUUCAUUAAAUUAGGUACUGUAUAUAGAUUAUAGAGUUGAUUCCAAUAAAUUUUUAAAUGUAAACAAAA